CAUAGUCAAUGACAUUCUUUUACAGCACACCGGACCGAUUCUAACUUUUAGUGUCAAUAUUUCACAUGUGGACAUGACUCAGUACCCGAAUAUUGAUCGAUGGAUACUAUACUUGUCAAGAAAUGGGUUGAGGAAACUGAGAAUCGACAAUUCCCGUGUUAGUCUCUAUGCACUUCCCUCUUAUAUAUUCUUGUGUCAACAACUUACACAUCUGGUUCUGUCUAAAAGCAUCUUCAAACCACCCAGUGGUACUACCGGAAGCUUUCAUAGUCUUAAGCUGCUUUCUUUGAGUAAAGUUGCCUUCAAGCCAGAGGUUUCUGCUUCUAUUUUUACUGCCUCAAAGCUAGAGUAUUUGAAAUUAACUAAGUGCACCGGUAUACAUCACUUGAACUUUGAGGGCUGUUCACAAUCACUUUUCUACUUGGAACUUAACAUGAAUCAUGGGGUUAAACUGGGUUGUUUUAUGCACUGCAAAAAUAUAACCAUUGCAUAUCUUGGAUUGCCAAUAGAAGUUGAAUCUCUUCACUGUAAUGAAAGGAUCAAUUUCACAAGCCUUUUUGAGCACUGGACUCAAAUUUCAAAGCUUACUUUGGAUGGAAACCAUCUCAAGCUUUUGGCUGCAGGUUCGGUUAUGAGUGCUCUUCCAGUUAAAGUUAAUAGCGUAAGGGAACUUAUAUUUUUUAGAAUCAACUUUACCGAUCUGGAACAAAUCUCUUGCAUUCUUUGCUUGCUUCGUAGCUCUCCUGGGGUGCAUAGCCCUCAAAUUUGGGCAAAGAUCCCUGCAGUGACGGCUUGGGACGACCUUGCUUUACAGUAUUUGCAAGAACAUAGCGGUAUGAGCGAAGAUAUUAACAGUUUGUAGACAUUGGUGAUCAAAUAUUUCCAGGGGUCAACAGCUGAAAUGCUUUUUAUAAAGCUUAUACUUUCAUGCUGCUCAUCACUAGCAAGGAUCACUUUUGUGGACAAUCAAGUAUUGCUGUCGAAUUUCUCAAAUAUUUUAAAAGAGUUGUUUUUGUUCCCUCGAGCUUCAAGGAAAGCGCAAAUUGUGUUCU